AAAAAGGAAACCAAAAACGCGGAAUUAAAACAUCUCAUCAACCUAUCAUUCAAAAACAUUCUGUAAAAUCUUUUUGCCACCUUCAUCUUUCUUUUUCCUUUUUGUUUUUUAUAAUUUUUUUUUAAAUUUUUUAUAAUAAUUUCUUUAAUUAAUUUAUCCAAUUAAUUCAAUUUUUUUCUCCUUAUUUUCUCUCUCCUAACAACACCCUAUAUUCUCUCUCUCACCUAGCAGCAACCAAAGCCUCACUUUGAAUCUAAGCCAUUUUCCAUCACUUUUUUAACUUCCCACUUCUUCCAUUUUCUUCCUUUUUUUUUUCUUCUUGAUUUUAUUAUUACUCAUUCACUUACUUACUUACCGUUACUCUAAUUUCAGUGACUAAUAAUUCAUUGAACUUUGUGUCAAAUUUUAUUUUUGUUAAUUUCUCCUCGAAAUUCCCACUUCUCCAAGUUAGUGAAAUUCCUGUCGUUUCAUUGUUUUUGCUCCAUUUUUUUUUUUCUGUUCUUCUUACUAUUUGAAUGAGUUCUUUAAUUGGCGUGUUUCUUGUAAAAAUUUGCUCCCCAAAUUAAGUGGGUUAGUAAAAAAAUGGGUGCAUUAACUUGGGUUCUGCUUCAAUUCACCAUUUUUGGAGCUUUAACUGUAACUUGCGACUCAUUUGUGUCUGUUGAAGUUUGGGCACUUACUGCUUUUAAAGAAGCCAUAUAUGAAGACCCAUAUCUGGUAUUGGCUGAUUGGAAUGGGUUAGAUGUAACCCCUUGUCAAUGGUCUGGUGUUACUUGUUCAAUUGCUAAAGAUCAUGUUGUUAAGCUGAAUAUUUCUGGGUCAUCUUUGAAGGGAUUUAUUGCCCCUGAAUUGGGUCUACUGAAUUACUUACAAGAACUAACUCUUCAUGGUAAUCAUUUGAUUGGGAUAAUACCUAAAGAAAUCGGGUUGUUGAAGAAUCUUACAGCGUUGGAUCUCGGAGCAAACCAGUUAUCUGGGCCGAUUCCUCAUGAGAUAGGAAAUUUGAGUAGCAUUAAGAAGAUUAAUCUACAGUCAAAUGGAUUGACUGGAAUUUUACCUCAUGAGCUUGGAGAUUUGAAGUCUCUUCAGGAGCUUCACUUGGACAGAAAUAAGCUCCAAGGAACUGUGCCUGGUGCUGCCACAGCGGAUUUUAAACCCAACAUGCACGGAAUGUAUGCAACCAAUGGGAAUGCUACAGGUCUUUGUCGCUUGCCUCAGCUAAAAGUUGCUGAUUUCUCAUAUAACUUCUUUGGUGGAAGCAUCCCAAAAUGCUUGCUACAUCUGCCAAGUGCAAGCUUUCAGGGUAACUGUCUUGAGGGCAGGGGUUUGAAACAGCGCUCGGAUGCACAAUGUGGAUCUUCUAUAAAUGCCAAAUCUCAUUCAAAUUCCAAUGCCAGCGCAAAGCACAAGUCUUUAGAAGAUGAAGCCAAGCACCGGAGAUCGAGACCUACUUGGCUUUUAGCUUUAGAAAUUGUGACUGGGACCAUGGUUGGCAUUCUCUUUGUCACUGCUAUGAUAACUACAUACAAAAGGUGCAACAACAAAUCAUCUAUGAUCAUCCCUUGGAAGAAAUCUGGAAGUGACAAAGAACGCUUGGCAGUAUAUAUUGCAGAUUCUGAGUUGUUGAGAGAUAUACAAAGAUUCAACAGACAAGACCUUGAAGUAGCUUGUGAAGAUUUUAGCAAUAUCAUUGGAUCUUCCUCUGAUAGUAUGAUUUACAAAGGCACUAUGAAAGGUGGAUCUGAGAUUGCAGUUAUAUCCUUCUGCAUCAAAGAAGAGCAGUGGACUGGCUAUCAUGAGCUUUAUUUCCAGAGAGAGGUAGCAGAUUUAGCAAGGCUUAAUCAUGAGAAUGCUGCUAAGCUGCUGGGUUAUUGCCGAGAGACUCCUCCUUUCACAAGGAUGCUUGUUUUUGAAUAUGCAUGUAAUGGAACUCUGUAUGAACACCUGCAUUCCAUGUUUGCUGAUGGAGAAGGCUGCCAGCUGUCCUGGACACGACGUAUGAAAAUCAUAAUAGGCAUCGCCCGUGGAUUGAGAUAUCUUCAUACAGAACUUAACCCUCCAUUCACUAUAUCCGAGCUGAAUUCUAGUGCUGUAUAUCUUACUGAAGAUUUUUCACCCAAGCUGGUUGAUUUUGAAAGCUGGAAGACUAUCAUUGCAAGAUCGGAGAAGAAUUCUUCUGCUAUAGAUAGUAAUGGUGCUAUCUGUGUUCUGCCACGUUCAAUCGAGGCACGUCAUUUAGACAUUAAGGGUAACGUUUAUGCAUUUGGAGUACUCCUGCUCGAGAUAGUCAGUGGCAGACCACCCUUCUCCAAAGACACAGGAAGCUUGGUAGAUUGGGCUAGGGAGUACCUUGAGGUAGCUGAAGUUAUGCCCUAUAUCGUAGAGAAACAAUUGAAGCAUUUUGAAUAUGAGGACCUCAAAGCGGUUUGUGAGGCAGCAAGUCUUUGUCUGAAUCCUGAUCCUGUCAAGCGACCAUUGAUGCACGACUUGUGCACUUUGCUCGAGAGCCGCAUUGAUCUCUCUAUGUCAGCUGAGCUCAGAUCAUCUUCUUUGGCGUGGGCAGAACUGGCACUGUCAACAUGAUCAUAGUUGAAACUAACAUACUUACUGUAAAGCAAAUUAUAGUUUUGAUGAUACCUCUUCGAUUCUUUUCCCCACCCCUCUCCCCAUCUCUCAUCGGGUUUUCAUCCUUGAAGAUCAUGUAAAGUUUUUUUUUCGGCUUCUGGCUUAGGAAAAUAUAUAGGAAAGUUUUAUGGAUGCCAUGAAUGUACACCGAGUAUCUUGCUAGUAGAUUGAUAUUACCAAAGUUAAUGAAGAUAUCUUUGCAUUAUCUCA